CAGAUAUACAAGGAAAUUAUGGACUGAAACCAAUUGCGAGAACUGAAAUGAGGCAUGAUUGAUCAUUUGGCCAUAGGACAGAAACCACACACAAUCGACAUAAGAUAGAAAGAGGAAAGGGAUAUCGUUACUAGAUUCCUUGGUCUUCAUUGGCUGGACAUUUCUACAAACAUCCUGGAUAAUACGUGAACUCUCCUUGUGGAAAUGGCAUUGUUUACGAGGCUAGGGCAUGGGCGCCGCUUCACCAACGUCAUUCUUAGAGUCAUUGCUAUAGUGGCACUGCUGUGGACUGUGGUCUUUGUGAUCAGUCCUACAGAGAUUGAAUGGGUCCCCACCUUAAGCUGGAGCAACAGAUGGCUGGCUUACAAAGAGUAUGAAGGGAAUGUAGAGGAUGCAUGCAACUGCUCGUCCCUCUUGCAGGGCGAUAUCGAUUGCAUGGAGAACGCCAAGUUACUGAGCAUCUCCAAGGAUUUCCGAAAGAAGUUCCUUAGAAAAGAGGAUAAUUACAUUAAUGCCACCGUGAAUUGCAGAGACUUCCAGACAAGGAAGAAGUACACAAUGUUUCCUCUAAGCAAGGAAGAGGAGGAUUUCCCCUUGGCUUAUUCUAUUGUUGUCCACCAUAAGAUCCAGAACUUUGAACACCUGCUGCGAGCAAUAUACGCACCUCAAAACCUUUACUGUGUCCAUGUGGACAAGAAGGCUAGCUUGGCGUUCCUGGAAGCUGUCAUGAGCAUCACUUUCUGCUUCCCUAACGUCUUCAUGGUCAGCCGACCCGUGGACGUGGUCUAUGCCGGCUGGCCAAGAGUGCAAGCGGAUAUCAACUGCAUGGCUGACCUCUUCAAUGUCAGCACCAAAUGGAAGUAUUUCAUAAAUCUGUGUGGUCAGGACUUCCCCUUGAAAACCAACCUGGAGAUGGUGAGGAGCCUGAAAAUGCUGAAGGGUGCCAACAGCAUGGAGACGGAGAAAAUGCCGGGCGGGAAGCGUUGGAGGGUAGAGGCUGCUCACCACAUCGUGGACGGACAACUUAAGGCCACAGGAGAAAAAAAAGCGCCAACACCCUUCGACCUUCCCGUGAUGUCGGGUAACGCUUACAUACUGGCUAGCCGCGGCUAUGUCCAGAGUGUGCUGCAGGACCAGCGAGUGCAGCAGCUGAUCGAGUGGGCCAAGGACUCGUACAGCCCCGACGAGUUCCUCUGGGCCACCAUCCAACGCAUGCCCGGUGUUCCCGGUUCCUCACCGCCCGAUGCCAAGUACGACUUGACCGACAUGAAUGCCAGAGCACGAAUGGUCAAGUGGCAGUGGCAUGAGGGGCCGGUCUACCCUAUGUGUAGCGGACACCACGUUCGGUCCGUGUGCGUGUACGGCAUCGGGGACCUGCAGUGGCUUCUGGAACAGCAUCACUUUUUCGCAAAUAAGUUUGACCUAGCAGCUGACCCGAUAGCCAUUCACUGUCUGGAGUGGUACCUGAGGCACAAGGCACUGACAGACGUAGAUCAGUGGUAAAGUUAUAGAUGUAGUAGUAGUAGUAGUAGUAGUAGUGAGGUGCAUGAUGUAUGGUAGGAAAAUACGUUUGAUAAUACGCUUAUGGCAGAGUCCACAGACGAGUCACAUAUAUCGCUUUAUUUUUUGCUGGUUAUUUAUUGGGAUCCUUUCAUUGUAGCAUUAAGAUGCAAAAGUAAUGUAUGUGGAUUGCCUUAAGAUUAUUGGGUAGCUCUUAAAAAGAGAAAAUAUGUUUUUAUUGGUUGGUAGAUAUAUUUUGCACUUUCAAAUCUUGCCUUGUUUGAUCAUUGGAUUGGAGAUCAUGGGUACUUGUGGAUUAACAAGCAUCUACAGACCCAUCAUUCUAUGUAUUGUACUGAUAUAAACAUUUGUGUAAUUUUAUAUGGAAAUAAAAAAGGGCAUUUUCUAAUUGUGAUGCCCACCAGAUUGGCUACCUAUUCCUCAG